AUGGCGCAUUUCAAUCUCUUCCAGAUGCUGUUCGUGGCUCUGAUGUUGCUGUCCGCUGUCUUUGCGGUCGAGCAGUCAGCUGUCGUGGACAAGAUUGUCCCCCGUGAGUCCAACCAGGACACCCAGAAUGGCAACACCGUGGACCCUCUUCACGAUGCUCUGCAUGCCCUGUCCGCCAGAUUCAAGCAUGGAAUCUUUCCCACUGACAAUGAGGCCGCUGAGGCCCUUCAAGAGGAGGAUGAGAAGAUUGCUAGCGUCUUGAAGCUCAUCAGACGUGAGAGCAAUGCUACGACCUCAGUCGUAUCCUCUGCUGCUCCCACCAGUGCCGUGGCUAGCGAGUCUUCCACUGAAUCGUCCACUGAGCCUACCUCUUCCGCCGAGCCUACAGAGUCCACCACGGCUGUCCCAACCUCCACUACGCAGCCCUCCACCGAUGUGUCGACCUCUAGCACCGUGGCUCCAAGUACCUCGGAGCCCUCCACCACUUCGGUCCCUCAGACUACGACCACUGCGGCGACGACCACUUCUCAAGUCACCUCUGCUCCUACUACUUCAACUCAAAGUACCACCUCCAGCACCAGCACUACUACUACUUCUGCUCAGUCGACUUUCACCACUACCGCCACCACCUCGACCACCUCGACCACCUCUUCCGCGUCGUCCACCACAGAGCACCACACCACGAGCUCGGAAAGUCUUUCUACCUCGACUUUCGAGAGCACUUCCACCCUGCCCAACGGCAGCCUGACCACGCUCACAUCCGUGGAUGUGAUUCACGUCCGGCCUACCGGAGCCUCGGGCAACAGCGGUACGACUGGCAAGCCAGGACUUCAGACCAAUGGUGUUGCCCAGCCCACUGCCCUGGCCAAGGAGGUAGUGGCAAUGGUCGGCGGUGCCGUAGUCGUCGCCAUGGCUCUCUAA